CCCUGGCCCCGCCCCUGCCCCGCCCUCCGGGGAGAGGGAGCGGCGUGGGCGCCGCGGCCCGGAGCUCAGAGCCGGGAUCGCAGAGCGGAGCGCGCCGCGGGCGGCCGACGCGGGACCAUGGGCUCCAUGUUCCGGAGCGAGGAGGUGGCGCUGGUCCAGCUCUUCCUGCCCACAGCUGCUGCCUACACCUGUGUGAGCCAGCUCGGCGAGCUGGGCCUCGUGGAGUUCAGAGACCUCAACGCGUCAGUGAGCGCCUUCCAAAGACGCUUCGUGAUGGAUGUUCGGCGCUGCGAGGAGCUGGAGAAAACCUUCACCUUCCUGCAGGAGGAGGUGUGGCGGGCUGGGCUGGCGCUGUCCCCGCCUGAGGGCGCGCUGCCCGCGCCGCCGCCCCGCGACCUGCUGCGCAUCCAGGAGGAGACGGAUCGCCUGGCGCAGGAGCUCCGGGAUGUGCGGGGCAACCAGCAGACCCUGCGGGCCCAGCUGCACCAGCUGCAGCUCCACGAGGCCGUGCUGGGCCAGGGCCACUGCCCUCCGUUGGUGGCCACUGACACAGAUGGGUCUUCAGAAAGGACCCCCCUGCUCCAGGACCCCAGGGGGCCGCACCAGGACCUGAGGGUCAACUUUGUGGCAGGUGCCGUGGAGCCGCACAAGGCCGCCGCCCUGGAGCGCCUGCUCUGGAGGGCCUGCCGCGGCUUCCUCAUUGCCAGCUUCCGGGAGACAGAGCAGCCGCUGCAGGACCCGGUGACGGGCGAGCCUGCGACCUGGAUGACCUUCCUCAUCUCCUACUGGGGCGAGCAGAUCGGGCAGAAGAUUCUCAAGAUCACUAACUGGUUCGAGGAGCAGGAGGAGGCCCGGCACGCAGCCCUGCAGCAGCUGCAGCAGCAGAGCCACGAGCUGCUGGAGGUCCUGGGGGAGACGGAGCGCUUCCUGAGCCAGGUGCUGGGCCGCGUGCAGCGGCUGCUGCCGCCCUGGCAGGUGCAGAUCCACAAGAUGAAGGCCGUGUACCUGGCGCUGAACCAGUGCAGCGUGAGCGCCACGCACAAAUGCCUCAUCGCCGAGGCCUGGUGCGCGGCCCGCGACCUGCCCGCGCUGCAGCAGGCGCUGCAGGACAGCUCGAGCGAGGCAGGUGUGAGCGCUGUGGUGCACCGCAUCCCCUGCCGGGACAUGCCCCCCACGCUCGUCCGCACCAACCGCUUCACGGCCAGCUUCCAGGGCAUCGUGGACGCCUAUGGUGUGGGCCGCUACCAGGAGGUCAACCCGGCGCCCUACACCGUCGUCACCUUCCCGUUCCUGUUCGCCGUGAUGUUUGGCGACGUGGGCCACGGCCUGCUCAUGUUCCUCUUCGCCCUGGCCAUGGUGCUGGCUGAGAACCGGCCGGCCGUGAAGGCGGCGCAGAACGAGAUCUGGCGCACCUUCUUCGGCGGCCGCUACCUGCUCCUGCUAAUGGGCCUGUUCUCCGUCUACACCGGCUUCAUCUACAACGAGUGCUUCAGCCGUGCCACCGUCAUCUUCCGCUCGGGCUGGAACGUGUCGGCCAUGGUUGACCAGUCUGGCUGGAGCGAUGAGUUCCUGGCGCAGCAUCCGCUGCUCACCCUGGACCCCAACGUCUCCGGCGUCUUCCGGGGACCCUACCCCUUCGGCAUCGACCCCGUCUGGAGCCUGGCCGUCAACCACCUGAGCUUCCUCAACUCUUUCAAGAUGAAGAUGUCCGUCAUCCUGGGGGUCACCCACAUGGCCUUCGGGGUGGUCCUGGGAGUCUUCAACCACUUGCACUUCCGCCAGCCGUACCGGCUGCUGCUGGAGACGCUGCCCGAGCUGGUCUUCCUGCUGGGACUGUUCGGCUACCUCGUUUUCCUGGUCUUCUACAAGUGGCUGUGCUACACGGCCGCCAGCGCCGCCUCAGCCCCCAGCAUCCUCAUCCACUUCAUCAACAUGUUCCUCUUCUCCCAGAGCCCCACCAACCGGCCACUCUUCACCGGGCAGGAGCUGGUGCAGUCCGCUCUGGUGGUCCUGGCCCUGGCCAUGGUGCCUGUCCUGCUGCUUGGCACGCCCUUGUUCCUGUUCAGGCAGCACCGCCGCCGAUCACGGAAGAGGCCCACUGGCCGACAGCUGGAUGAGGACCAGACUGGGCUUCUGGACUCCUCCAACGCGUCCGAGGCUGCCUGGGGCUCUGAUGAGGAGAAGGCGGGCUGCCCGGGGCCCGAAGAAGAGGCUGAGUUUGUCCCCUCCGAGGUGUUCAUGCAUCAGGCCAUCCACACCAUCGAGUUCUGCCUGGGCUGCAUCUCCAACACGGCCUCGUACCUGCGCCUCUGGGCCCUGAGCCUGGCCCACGCCCAGCUGUCGGAGGUGCUGUGGGCCAUGGUGAUGCGCACGGGCCUGCGCAUGGGCAACAAGAUAGGCGUGAUGGCCGUGGUGCUGGUCCCCAUCUUUGCCGCCUUCGCUGUGCUGACGGUGGCCAUCCUGCUGGUGAUGGAGGGGCUCUCGGCCUUCCUGCACGCACUGCGGCUGCACUGGGUGGAGUUCCAGAACAAGUUCUACUCAGGCACUGGCUACAAGCUGAGCCCGUUCUCCUUCGCCGUGGAGGAGUAGCGCCCAGCUGUGGCCAUGCCCACGACCCCUGCUCUCCCCUCGCUGAGGCAGGAAAGGAAUAAAGAACAGCAAGCUCAGGA